AUUCCCUUCCAUAAGGGCUCUCUUCUUCUCUGCGAGGUGUCAUAACCUCGCAGACAUUAGAAGCCCAUAUAUAUCAUAUCAUAUCAUAUUUCUAUCACCAUUGUCUUGGAUCUCUCGUCAUGGAGCUCCACUCUCCUGCUGCCGCCAAGAAGCUAUGGAACUAUCUUCGCAUCGCCUUCUUCAUGAUGAGGAAAGGCUUUGUUUCCAAGAGGAGGCUAGUGAUGGACAUGAACCUCAUGAUGAAGAGAGGGAAGCUCCUUGGUAAGUCUCUUGGCAAUCUCAUGUUCCACCACCACGCCCGGUCGCCACAUACCCCGAACUUCGGCAUACGGGAGUACGAGUUCUCAUGCAGCAACAGCCCCAACCCGGUUGUUUUCCACGCGAAGCGCCGCCACAACUACUUUCCUUGCCUGAACGCCAUCGUCGAGGAGCCCGACGAGACCCCGGCGCGGCCCGCCGUGGUGCUGCCGAGAAUUGAGUACUCACCGCAAUGCUCCUUUCUAUCGCAAGAACUUGCCCCGGGGGAGAGGCGUAGCCCGCUUCCCUCACCCUUCUCUGUUAGCAUCUCGAACUACUCGUCGGAGGACGAGGACGGUGAUGGCUCCGGCCACGAGGUGGAUGAUGAGGCUGAAGAAUUUAUCAGGAGGUUCUACGAGCAAUUACGGGCACAGAGUCGCAUUGCUUUGCUUCAGUACCAGGAGAUGGAAUACCAAGAGAUGCUUGCAAGAGGAGGGUGAUGACAUUGCACGUAUGGUUACAUGUACAUGCAUGCAUGUGUACAUACAUACGUGCAGAUGCAUUGCUUUUAUCUAUGGUGCUUGCUCAGAACCUUCUAGCUCGCAUUUUAGACGGGGAAGUGUGUUUGGUGCAUGUUUGUGAUUGAUGCACCUCCUGUUGCAGAAACUAUAUUUUUUUUUUAUCCCAUUGUACUUGCUCUUUUUUUUUUUUUUUUUUUAACCGUUGUUAUUAUCGCCAUUGCUCCAAUAUAUAUCUAUGUUAUUAUGAUUUCGGGUGGUGUGUCGGUGAGUGAGCUUUGUGGAUGUCAUGGAAAAGGAUGUCUGGUUUUCUUUUUAACAUGACCCAUCGGAAUAAACUUCUAUUUAGAGUGUAUAAUGGUUGUGUA